AUGAGUCCAUGUUUGCCUACAAGCAACUGCCCAACAGUCGGCGACGACUGCGGCAACUUUAUCGUAAUUAAGAGCCCGGUUUGCCCGACCGCUUGCCCCACGGUUUGCCCAACAUCACCCCCCGUUGUCAACUACUACCUGGUGAAGAGUGUGUGCACAACACCCCCCACCCCACCACCCUGCCCCACCGCUGUCCCGUGCUCGUCAAGCGUUACAUUCCUGGACAUGAAUGGGAAGCAGUGCAACGAGAACGGCGCCCAGUUCCUGUUUGUGAACAAUGGCGUGGCGGCCUACAGCAAGCAGUCAUCGUGCUACGCAAACAACGCCGGCUACAAGUUCUUGCAGUAUCGUUGA